AUGGCUAUGGAUAUGAUUGUCAACCUCUACAACCUUUCCAAGCCAGCAACAACGAGAGUUGGGCUCCGCACCUUUCCACUUUUCUACUUGAAGAAUUUUAGCCCCGAUGACGGUACUCAGCUUGACAUUGGCAGGCAUCUUGUUGCCUACUAUGAGAAGAUUGACUCCUCGAUAUCAGCAAAAAAGAUCCACAGCCCAGUCUUCAGUGGUUAUGCAACUGUGGUGGUGAAUGCAGACCAAUGGUGGUCAUACUUCCUAGUUGAGAAGGCUGAUACCCUUGGCCCUAACCCUAUCCCAUUCCUCGCUGAGCCAGUCUUCUCUGGGCCAGUAGUUCUUGCGGUCAAGCAAUCCGUCUACAGAGCAGCACCCUCAGAUAUCCGUUGGUCUCAAGUCUUGCAGUUCUUCCUACUUCUUAGUGAAGUGGAAUGGCCGGAUAUUGACAUUACCAAAGCAGUCGAGUCCGGACGCCCGCUCGUUCUCUGGGAGACAUCCAUCCACACAUCCUCCUUACUGACACCCCUCAUCCACCAAUCAGGCCCUCCGCCGAGCGCCUGA